AUGCGCCCACCAAUUGAGCAUGCGUUGCUUCAGGUGCUCAACGUCUUGAACAAGGGCAUCCAGACACCCUCCCUAGCCGACCGAGCAUACUCAAGAGCAGGCUCGGGCUCGGGCAUUGCGCUAUUGCCGCCGCAGAUACGAUCCGAGUUCGAAACCAUCUUGACGCGACUGAGCAUCUGGGCCGGCAGCAUGGGUGUUCUCGCACCAAGCCAUGCAUCCCUCGAUGAGAGACUCCAUUCUGGCGACCACGACGAGAUUCGCGAUGUUCUCUGCCACCUGCUCGGCCGCCUGAAAGAAACUCUUCAGCUUGCCAUGGAGCCGCCUGCACAGGAAUCCGAAGGCGAGUCGGAAGGCAGCGAUCCCAGCGACAGCGACUCGCUGGUGAGUCUAGACAUGGCUGACAAUGUUCUGGGCAUGGAAGGGCGUCCACCCCUGGAUGCAAGCCCAGUCGUAAAAGCGAAUGAUAUCAUCAGUCGUCUCUACCGACUGUCAUCGGCAAUACGGAAACCGGUGUCAUCGAGGGAGAAUGAGAGGGUUCGGAAGUUUGCCCAGGACCUGGUGAACCGUCCGGACAUGCAAUCCCAGGCUGAGGAACUAGAUUCGCUUGGUUCGUUUGCCCGGUGGCUGACCGGCUACAAGUACCCCAAGGCCCCGCAACCCCUUGUUGAGAGACUGGUGUCUUCUGUUGCGUUCCGCCGCGCAAGAUUGCUCUACCGACAUCGACACCAAAGCAAGCUCCAACAGGGCGUGCCAAAGGUGGUCCGAGAGCGAGGUAAUGACUUUCACAUGAACCCAGAGCGCGCUGCAGCUGCUGCCCAAGGGUUGGCUGGAAACGUUCCGGCUCUCGGAUUCGAUCCAGGACCAUCUCCGAGUGUCGUCUUUUCAGCUACCGUUGCGUCUUCUGUGGAUCGCCGCCGGUACCAAUCCUUUGGAAAAUCGGUACCCCUGUCCGGAAUCACGCAAACCGCGGUGAAUCGGAGAAGGAACCUAGAUGUGCCCCCAUAUUCGGGACCGACGGAUGAAUCUUCAGAUCAAGCUUUUUGUCCGUAUUGCACAAGGGCGAUCGACAUGAAAGAAACAAGGGAGCCACGCUGGACGCGGCAUAUUCUGAAAGAUAUUGAGCCUUACAUCUGUUUGUUUCCUGAUUGCGGUGACGAUGGCCUAUCCUUCCGGUCCUCGGAUGAGUGGCUGAGGCAUAUGCAGCAACACACCCUGGUCUGGUCGUGUCAGAUCGUGGGGCACGAGAGUGAGGUCUAUCGUUCUUCUGAGGAGCUCGAGGACCACAUACGCUCCGCGCAUUCUGACUCUGUCACCGACAGCCAGAUUCCAUACCUGGUCCGGAGCAGCGCCAGGCCGCACCCUGAUCUAUUUUCUGUUCUUGCCUCAUCGUGGAACCUCGCAGCGACCGGCGCAUCUGACAACCCUACCGAGCCAAGAGCAUCUCCUGUCUGCAUUUUGUGUCAGGAGGAAAUUGGAUCCCAAUCCGGAACCGAGAGCGAAGGUAACCUAUGUGACCACAUAUUGAACCACCUAGAGGAGAUGGCCCUCUUCUCCCUCCCGCCAACCGAACAUACAGAAGAUGGGCGCUCGAUGGCGUCAGGGAAGAAGACUCGGGGCACAGCUCAGGAUAUUUCGGACUUACCGCCAGCGGAGUUUGACGACGAUAAUGGCGGCGCGGCUCUUAGCCCAUCGUGGCAGCUUUACAGAAAAGAGGGCGUAUUACCCCGCCUGUCCGGGUCACCAGAUGAAGAGACCCUGCAGAGGGUGUACAGAGAGGUACAAAACAUGCGACUCGCAGAUGAUCCCUCUUUAGAGCCUUCAGACCGUGAAGCCGACCCGAUCUUGGGACAUUUUACCAAGUCCUCACCCUACUGUGCAACACAUACAUGCCAGUACCUACUCCGGAUAGCAGAUGCCGAAGGCGAAGCACCUGCUUUCUGUCAUCUUCCAAAGGCAAAGGAUGUACCAUUCUGCGCAGAACACAUGAAAUGCGGUCGGCCGCACUGUCCUGAACAGGGCUUCUAUGAACAAGCAGGCGAGAGAGCCGUGUCAACUGACAGUCACGUUCUACCCUGGUUUUGUUGGAGACACCGCUGUCAGGAGGGUGGGUGCAACCGCGGCAUUGACAACAAUCAGCAAAAGCGCUGUGCAAGGCAUGCCUUGACGUUGCCUCAGGGAUGGCCGUUUAUUAAGCAGCAUAAGCUAAGUGACGUUGAUCUAGAGUUCAACAAGGCCCGCAACAGGUUCAUAUCUUUAUCAGGAAUCCCGAUGAAGUGGGAGGACCCUACUUUGCUAGACAAUGCGCUUCAGGUGGUUCCUCUCGAUCAAAUCUACGAAGAAGCCGACACGGAAAACCUUCAGUUCCUAGAGGAGGCCAUUUCUGCUGGGCAGUGGCCGGAAUGGGGUUACCAGGAUUGUGUCGUCCGCACGCUGUUACGUUGGUUCAAACGCGACUUCUUCACAUGGGUCAACAAUCCGGUCUGUUCCGUAUGCCUGUCGCCAACCAUUGCACUGGGAAUGACACCGCCAACCGACCAAGAGACUGUCCACGGCGCGAUGCGCGUGGAGCUAUACGAAUGCCACAAUGGAAGAUGCGGUGCGAAACAGCGUUUUCCGCGGUACUCGAGCGCCGUGAAAUUGCUGGAAACGCGCAGAGGGCGCGUUGGAGAGUGGACCAACUGCUUCGGCUUCCUCUGUCGGGCAAUUGGUAGUCGUGUCCGCUGGGUGUGGAACUCGGAAGACCACACGUGGCUGGAGAUUUACUCGGAACACCAGGAUAGAUGGGUCCACGCCGAUGUCUGCGAAGAUGCCUGGGACAAACCCCUGCUGUAUUCCAAAGGAUGGGGCAAGCGUAUGGCUUAUUGCAUCGCCUUCUCCCUCGACGGCGCGACGGAUGUGACUGGGCGAUAUGUUGUGGAAGAAGCCCACGCGCUGCCAAGGGACAUAUGCUCCGAGACUCAGCUUACCGAGAUCCUGGCCGAGAUCACGGCGAUGCGUCGCGAAGGCAGAAGCGAUGAGGUAAAGGCCCGCUUGGUCAAGGAGGACGAAAUCGAAGCCGAGCAACUUAUGUCCGGUAGCCCUGUCUAA